GCGAAGGAUUAUUUUACAAAGCGUCCACGUUACCGCAGCACUACAGAUCUUAAUCUGCUACAGUCAAAGACUGCUCUCCCGCUCUGAACGAGGAUUCUAAACCCGCAAGGAUCCUGACCCAGUCAGCGCUCCGCCUAGAAGCGGGAGGUGGGUCCAAGUUGGGCUGGCAGAUAUUACGGCGUGUUGUAGCGCGAGACACCAGCGAUUGAGCCAGUCAUAUAAAGUGCUUUCGUUUUUUGUGAUAAAGCGAUUCGCUCCGUUGGCCAUGUGUCACAACUGUGAACUGUUCCUCUGAGUUGGAUUCAGUGGGAAAUCCUUUCCGGGUUAUGUUAAAUGAAUGAGAAGGAGAAUCCUCUCCUAGCAUUAUAGGACUAUGUGUUACAGUGCAAGGUUGGACAAAGGACCUGCUCCCGUUGACAAUCUCACAUUCAGAUAUAACAGUGACACGGUGUAGUGGCCGGAUGAGAUCGGGAUAACAGGAGCCAAUUUGGUGCUAAUAAGUCGGGAAUACGACUACAGCUGUCAGGUAGUGGAUACUGGCUGGGAAAGUUGUGAAGUUACAGCACUGCCUGGACCAUCACCUAAUGUUGAAACGGGCGCAGAAACACAAUCAGCCAGCUCGUCAUUCACCGAGAUGAACUUCCACACAGGACUUACUCAACACGGAUGAAAAUAAGCAAGUUAGGUUGAGUAACCAGUAGUCCCUACCCUAAUCUGGGAUAUAAGCUUGAACGAGAGUUAGCAGACUGGGAUAACCCGCUUUUCAUCCACUCCUCGGUGUUGCUAAUCUAUGUACUGACUGACAAAACACGGAUUUUGAGUUGAAUACCUUCGUUAGAUCGCUUGUGCCGAUAAGCCUGUUGGUACAUGAACGCCAAGUUAAGUCAUAGUAUCGUUCCACGGCUCAAGUUGUGAUUUUUUUCCAAGUCGAGUGGUUUGAUACGCGAGUGCUUCUUGGAGUGUAGGAUGUGACAAAUGCGUGGGAUGCGGUCUGGACCGUAUGUUGGCCGGUGAACCAUCGUUACAGGUGGCCCUACAGUUGUGACUUGGUCAGGCGGAGAAUCUGUACCUCUGUUGUUGGCUGUGAUACCUGCAAGUGUGGUAGCUGGUCCGUCUGCGUGGAGUACCGGAGAGAGCGAACAGAAGGAUGGAGGUAGCCGUCGGAGUAUUGAACAGGCUACAGUUCUAUCGAUUCCUGGAGACUCCGAUGAACACACGGUAGUAACUGGUGGUGAGCCUGUGGGGAGACAGGUCGGGAGGGACGGGGGCUCGUUGGCGUUAGUGACGUCUCUCGCAGCCACAGCAGCCUCUACACCAACACCACGACGACUGAUUCAACAGUCACCUUUGACAGAUUAGAGAAAGUGGAAACUGUGACGAGAAGCAAGCGCUGUGAUAAAAGUGUUAUAAACUCCAGUACACGUCGUGCCCAGGGUGUUGGUCUUCAACACCGAGUCGACUGUUUCCUCAAUAACAAGGUGUGAAAAAUUCUUGGAUAAUUUGUGUUGUUACAUCGGAUUCAUACUUGCGAAGUCCUGUGUUUGAUAUUCUUUUACUUAUGGAAUUUCUGGAUCGCGCAUGUACCCAUCCCGCACGUGGGUCGUGAGUGAUAUGGCGUCCACGUUGGGUUCUCCCACAGUCGAUUACAACGACAGCACUUCAACGUCAAGUGUUGACAACAUCUCGACGACGACCGUAGAGACGCUGACCAAGGAAUCCAGUUACGAGGUGUGGCUGCAAGUGGUUAUUUCCCUCAUCUUGAGUUGCAUGAUCGUCGGCACCGUGAUUGGCAACUCUCUCGUGUGUAUUGCUGUAGGCAUUGUGAAGCGUCUACAAACACCCUCAAACCUGCUCAUUGUGUCCCUGGCGACCGCAGACCUUUUGGUAGCAAUCCUCGUCAUGCCCCUCUCGCUCUACAAAGAGAUUCGAACCAAAUGGCGUCUUGGAGAAUCUGUCUGUGACAUGUGGACUUCCCUAGAUGUGUUACUAUGUACUGCAUCUAUACUUAAUCUCUGCAUGAUCAGUGUGGAUCGGUAUUUCGUCAUCACCAGACCACUACAGUAUGCCAUGAAACGGACGCCAAAACGUAUGGGGAUUAUGAUAGCUGUUGUGUGGGUGGCAUCAGCUCUGAUAUCUAUUCCCCCAAUUUUCGGCUGGAAAGCCCUCAGGGGUCCUUAUGAAUGUUAUAUUAGUAACGAACUAGGGUAUCAGAUCUAUGCAACUCUGGGUGCCUUCUACUUGCCUCUAACUGUGAUGAUAGUUGUAUAUUAUAAAAUCUGGCGAGUGUCAUCUCGGAUCGCCAAGGCAGAGCAAAGGUCACAGAUUGGCAACAUAGACCGGCCACCCGAGUUUCAAGUGGGCCGGCCAUCGAGGGACAGUGGUGACAGCCACAUUUUACCCAAUGGCUCAAUCAAAGAUUCGAACUUACUGUCGUCAGAGGAUGACACCACAAAAGAAAACCUUUUAAAGAAGAACUCCAUUAAGCGUCGUCGAUUCACAAUCAAGUCAAUAAUACCAUCAAAACAACGUAUGUCGACUUCGAAGGAGCGUAAAGCUACCAAAACACUGGGUAUUAUAAUGGGUUGUUUUACUGCAUGUUGGCUCCCCUUCUUCAUACUUGCUGUUGUGCAAGCCGUUUGUGUCAAAGUAUAUGGACCACAAUUCGACAAGAUCCCAGGAUGGAUCGUCUCAGUACUUAUGUGGUUGGGUUACGCGAAUUCCUUCUUGAAUCCUGUUAUAUAUGCUCGAUUCAACCGUGAAUUUAGGACUCCCUUUAAGGAAAUACUGUGUUGUAGAUGUCGUGGAAUUAACGUUCGAAUGCGUUCCGAGAGUUAUGUGGAGCAGUACGGUGCCGACCAUGCUGUGAAAGACAGUCUCAGACCCCCAGCGGAGACAAUGGUGCGUUACAAUAGCCACGGUCAAACCUUGGUUCAGAUUGGGAACGGAUCGCCUAAUAGCCAAGGGGAGUCUAAGAUAUAGUAAUGCAGUGAUAUUGUGUUAUUGGAUUUUCCUAAACGCCACGUGGUUUGCACGUGCAAAUGUGAUAUAUGAUAUCACGUGACGUGAUGUUCAGCGCUAGCUGACGUCACGUGGCUGUACAGGUAGAGAGUGAGAAUCAACAAGCAAAUGUGAUUUGUGAAUUACUUUAAAUGGCUGAUCUCAACGGCUGCUGAAACUACAAAUGGAUGGAAUAACAUUGAUCGGAUGCCACUUCCAUAACACGUCGUCGUCACUGUGGUUACUCUUCGUCUCACUUGCCAAAUUGAAGGAUUCCAAAUCCUUGUAAAAAUGAAGUUAUGUUGUUGUAUUGUUCCUGCUUUGGAGGAGAUAUCCGUUGUCAAUAGAAACAAGACGUGGUACUGUGGACCUCCACGCACCACUGAGCGCGAGAGCGUUCCCGACCGUGGCUGUAAUACGUUGGGCAGUGUGCCACGCCUACUUCCCGGGAUCAGAAAUACUGAAGACACUUAAAACACGAACUAGAAUGACAUAGCUGCUCGGUCUUUCACACUGGGUAGGUCCCCCAUUAUUUCCCGCCAAACUGCGGUGUCGUCUGCCGAUCUGCCUGGCCUGUAUAAUUGCUCUUAGUCUCAAACAGUAAGCUGUGUUUAGAAACUUCUGUGCAAUGCUUUGUAACAAUUGUCCUUGCAAUGCUCAUGUUGACGUGCUGUUGUAACAUGCCCGUAUCGCGUCGUCGUUCAGGUGCAUCUUCAUAGGUCGCAUAAGUUGGCACCUUGCCAAGUAUACAUGGUGCAAACUUGGUUCGUAUGGUGUAAAGCCCUCGGAAGCAAAUCCUACGAUCAGAAUUAGACGCAAAGAUGCGGGAUGGGGGUGGAUGGAAUGCGUGUUUAGACAUAAACAAUGGUGAUUUCACCGAUCGUGCAUCCUCCCGCAGUACUAUCAUAGACAGAAACAUGUGUUAUUCUAUGAAGCAGAUAAUACCUCAUCCCAUUACACUUAAACCCACCAGCUGUUUGUUUCGGUAUCGGUAACAAAUUUACCUUGAAUACGCCCAUGUCAAUGACGGCUAACAUUGGAAACACGGUAGCGAAACAUGUACACCGUUACUAUAUUCAUUGUAUAUUUAUUGAUUCGAUAUCCAUAUAUAAGAUCGAUGAUCCCCAUGGUAGACCGUUGUUGAGGUUGGACGCGUAUUUGAAAUUUAUGAUUAAAGAAAACUUAAGGAAUCAGAGAGUAUUGAAAUUAAUGGUAGGAAUUACGCGAUAAUAAUAGAAACGUAAAAAUGGCGUUUUCCAAUAUCUGGAUUUUGGCAUCUUUCCGGGGUUUUACGUACGUCGACAUUAAACAUGUUUAUUCAUCAGUCGUACAAGACAGGUGGGCGUGCGCACCACGUGACCUCAAUUGAUAAGCCAUCAUAUCUACCGACAAGGUGCAAAGCGGGGUAGACUGGCUUCCACGGUGAUUGUUGCUUAAGGUAAUGUGCAUAGACAACGGUACCGGCGUGUUGCAACAGGCGUUCAAAGAACGUGCAGUAAAUUGUGGCACGGCUAUGUCAAACCACGCCUAGUAGAUUGGUUUUAAAAUGUUUGUGCUUUCUAGGGGGAUGAUAAACAACAACACGUGGUGCAUAUCUUGUCAUCUUCACAGAACAUUAAUUAUUCAUGGCGUUCCGGAAGUGACUGCCGAAAAUUAAAAUUUGGGUCUGCAUGGCCGCAGUUACAAUACACAGAAGAGCAGUCGCUAAUUUGUAGAUUGGAAGUUCAUUUGAAAUUCGAAAUUUUUCUUUGAAGGUUUAGUUAAAAAUUUGCAAAUUGCAGAUCGUUUGAAAAUGUGAAACUGCAAUUUCAGUUGUACAUAUAUAUACACAGGUGUUGUUGCUGGUUAUUCCCGUAAGAAUGAUCCACUUCUUCCAUCCCGACCGGCAGGCAGCCCCACCCAGGUCCCCACCCCUCCCUCCCCAGAUCUUCCAGUGAGUCAUGUACUGCUGCCCACUUCAGUGGUCUCUGUCCUAAGCGACGACCCCUGUGCCACGUGUUUGCAAUACAAUGUAUUAUGUAAGCUGAACGAACUAACGAUGUAUAUGUUAGAACAUUGUCUUACAUUGUGUUGAACUACUGACAUUGCUGAGAAUGUGUGUUACUUCGCGGACGGUUGGACAAUAUCGGUUCGUGUGCAUCAUAUUGUCAAAGUCAUUAGGUGUUCACAAAUAGGGCAAGGUAGUUUGCGUGUAUAUCAAGAGGAAUACUGUCGGUGGCAUUCACCAUGACAUGUUGAGGGCCGUAUUGGACGACCACGUGUGGUGUAAGAUGGUUAUCGACCAUACCAGGUGCAUUGAUUAAUAUUGUAGCCUCCCUUGAAAUGAGUAAUCUGACCUUACUACCAAGGUGACAGAGUGACAGAAGCCUGUUGAGGACACGGAGAACAGCAAUAACCAUUAUUUCGUCUCCAGGAAAAUAUGAUCUCGCGACCUAGUACUCUCCAGGUUGUUGUCGAAAUUAUGUAUAGUUAAAUCUUCACGUUUCAAUGAACACAAGGAAGAUAGCAUUAUAGCAGUAGCUGUCUCGUAUCAAGUGAUAUUUCUUCUGGUAUUCGUGUCACGAUGUAGGUAUUAACGAAAACACGUUUUAUUCGAGAAGAAUCAGCGUGCAUACAUAUUUACAUAUUGGUAAACGCAGCGAUCUUGCAAGUGCAUUACUAAUAAAGAUGUCAAUGAGUAUUUCAUAACCAACAGUAUCUCCAAACAGUACUGUAUUAUGUAGCUCUGUCUAAAGCGUAUUGAUAAAAAGUCAGUUCGAAUUUAGGCUGUGCAAAGUUACGUCCCUUAGUCGCACAUGGAUCCGCUGGUCUCGAGAUCGAAUCCAAGAUUAAAAUCGAAAGGGAGGGGGGGGGGGGGGGGGGGGG